AUGUACCUCUCGACGACAUUGGACGAAGCCCACCCGACUCCUACACUGCCAAUUUCACCAGUGACCUCACUUCGGUGCUCCACAGCACACCACACGAUACACUACAAACACAACAGCACGCCGUCGUGGAAUCUCCGCGACAUCCGUGCUGCAUUUCAGCAUGAAAAGCAAGCCUCACAUGAUGCCACCGACCGCGACGUCUCCCCAAUGACGUGCCUCAAUGCAGCAACCCAGGACAACCGCAUUGUCCGUUGCCCCGAUGCAGGGUCCCAUUCGGCGUCAUACCUCGAUGGCCAUGACCGGCUGGUAGAUAGUAUCCUGUGGCUUGGUGCCAAUAGCUUGUUGGCGUUCCCGGCCCUAGUCGCUUCCGUCGCAGCUGAAUUCACCCAAGCUAGUUCAACGGCCAUGGCUAUCGCUUCUCGACCAUCGAGAUGA